AUGAAGCUUCUCCCGGCCGUCCUCGGCCUCGCCCUCCUCCUCCUCCUCCUGAAUCCCAAUGGCGUGGAGGCCCGGCCUGCGCCUACCGGCGGUCAUGAGAAGAAGCCGUCGAGCGCCACCUUCUUUGUCUUCGGGGAUGACUUCGCUGACAACGGGAACCUCCCUCUGACCGAACCCGUCACCGAGAUGUCGCGGCAAUGGGCUUACCCCUACGGCUCCAACUACGUCGAUGCCGAUGGGUUUCCGCGGCCGAAUACCCCGUCCGGCCGCUUCUCAAACUACAAGAUCCAGUCGGAUUUCAUCGCAACAAUGUUGGGGUUGGAGGAAGCCCCUCCAGCACAUGCCCGUACAGCGGAGAAAACUUGCGACCCGUCCGGCAUGACUUUUGCUACGGGUGGCGCAGUGGUGUUGGACAGUACAUCACAUGAGGUUCCCACCUUUACCAAGCAAGUCGAUACUUUCAAGAAGAUGGUCAAAGAUGGUACCAUCACGGAGAAACAAUUGACUCACUCUGUAGCGCUCGUGGCCUUCUCCGACAAUGAUUAUGCAAGCACCGGCGUCAUGGGCCUAAGUAGCCUCAACGAUAUUAAUGCUUAUAUUGGGAAAGUGACAAAAGAGAUGGCUGCUAAUGUGGAGCAAUUGUUGAAGCUUGGGGUGACAAAGGUAAAGGCUCAGAGCUAUCGAAGCAAUUCAAGCGCAAACUAUCGCUGUGUUGCGAGAGUUUAG